GUGACUGGUGGGCUUUUCUGUUUCCACUUCGUGGUCCACUUGCUUGGAAUUUCCAUCGAUCCUGCUGAAACCAACGUACGGCUCAAGAAAUACUUGGAGCCCAUACCCACUUUUGACCCAUCAAAACACACGCGUGUCAUCGAGAACAAAUAUUGCCACCUGUGUGAGGUCGCCGUGAGCCAGAAGGCUAAACACUGUGGGGCCUGCAACAAGUGUGUCUCUGACUUUGACCACCAUUGCAAAUGGCUUAACAACUGUGUAGGGGGCAGGAAUUACAGGUACUUCUUUUGCUCUUUGGUCUCCGCCUCGGCCAGCCUGCUCUGCCUGAUCAGCAUCCUGCUGUACAUCUUCAUCCAGUACUCAGUCAACCCGGAGGUGCUGCGCACUCAUCCCCUCUAUGAAGGUGUCUCCAAGGACACUUGGCUGCUGUUCCUUCCUUUUUUCCCUGUAAAGACGAAGGCCCUGGUGGUCCUGGGCAUUGGAGUGUUCGUCCUGCUGCUGUCUGCCCUCAGCUUCCUGCUGCCUGGAUACCUGUUCAUCUUCCACCUCUUCUUAAUGUUCAAGAAGUUGAGCACAUAUGAGUAUGUGACACAGAACCGCUAUCAAAAUAUUCCAAAAGUUCCAGCAGGGAGGAAAGAGCUGUCCUUCAAAAUAAGCAUGCCACAGCAAGCAGAUGACCUGAGUCCGUCUGCACGUAGAGAGCAGCACAAGGAGGCCCCGCCGCAGCUGAGGUGCCCGGGUCUGCGUUCCACCAUCACCACGUGUGAGGAGAGCUCCCCGCUGCAGGCAGCCACAGGUGACCUGAAAUCACCCUCACACAGAGUGAAGUUCAACCACCUGCUGCUGGAUGUGCACUCAGGUCCACCCUCCUCCACCAACACGUUCAUGGAGGACUCGUGGGUGAUGGAAAUAGACAACAGCCUGACUUUAUCUGCCCUCGGGUGAGUCUCUGAGCCUCCUGCAGGUGCUUCCCGUGUCUCAAAGCCUUCACCAUGAUUCCCGAGGAACACAGUCUUUUGUGGGAAACCUUGGGGUACUGUGAUGACGUGAUUGAAGACAAACCAGUUUCCCUUGACGUCACAGAUGCGGACUGCCCCCCGAAGGGCUCGCCAUACUCCGCUCACUGGAGCUUGCGAUGAGACCUCUCUAGGUUCUUCACAAGUAACAUGUGAGCUAGUGCACAGGUGUAAGCGAUGCCCGUCUACUUUCUGUCUGUGAGCAUGUGCCGCUUGCAGAGGACACCGCGGUCCAUGACCGUGUGCAGCAGUGGCAGGGCUCACCGUGUGCCAGGUGGGUGACCGCACCUCGCAGGCCCCUGGGGAGCACACGGCCUCUGCCCCUCCUGUGCCACAGAGACAGAGAGUAGCCCCUUUCACAUCAUGGCCCAGCUUCAAGCACACAUUUUAGAGAAUAAAUCAGGUGUAGCGAAACACGGUGACUACCGUCCCCUUGACAAGACGUCAUCUUCUCCUGGAGUAUGAGUAACAGGAGGCUUCACAGCACCCGUGUCAGCGAGGUCUGUGCUGUCUCCCCUACAUUUCCCUGAGCACACGGUGAGCACAGACUCCCUCUGUUCCUGGAAGGAUGGUUCUGGGGAAUAUUUCGCAGUUGUAAGUGUCUGAAUAUUGUAUCCUGACUUCACAACCUCAGUAACUUUGUACCAAGUGCCCUUUAAUGCAUUUGAAGUAAAAUUAAAAAGGGCAAGUUAUUUACUUGAAUGUCACCCACCACACACACACACACACACACACACACACACACCUCCUGC